UUUGUCUCGCUCGAGACAGUUACACUCCAAAAAUCUCUCGAUCGCUUUCUUCCUUCUUCUUCUCCGCCGAUAACUUUUCCCUUCCGGCCACGCGUAACGGUCACAUUUCCGGCGUCUUUUCUCUCUAAAUAUAAUUCCAUUUCAUACUUCAUAUACACUAUUUGCGUAUAUUAAUCUACUUUAAACUAUAUACCCUGUUUGAUUGUUGAUUUGUGAAAUACUAUAAAUCUGCUUUAAGUCAGCAUCUGGAUUGUGAGAUUGAGAUUGUAACGACAGAAAUCAGUGAGAGAGAUGUGAGGAUUGAGGGAGUAGAAUGGUGUUGAGUGCUGUGUCGACGACUAAAACGCCAAACCCUAAAGUGAACUAUCAGAAUCAGAAGAGGCAGACAUUUUUGCCGUCCGAAGCUGGGAAUGGAACUGCGAGAAAACCGAAAUCCAGAGAGGUUACUUCACGGUACCAGUCGAGCUCUCUGCCAACCAUUUCUACCUCAACUACGUCAUCUUCCAACUCAUCCAGUUCAUUUUCGCCGUCAUACUCCGUUUCCUCAAGGAAGGAUAGAUCGUCGGUAUUGACGAGGGCGGAGAGACCGGCGGCGAAGCCCAUACAGAAUGCAGCUUCUGUUAAGCGGUCUCUGUCUGCGGACAGGCGCAGGCCGGGAACGCCCGUGAGGGCGGAGAUGUCUGAGGCUGCUAAGCUGCUGCUGACCACGUCUACCAAGAGUUUGUCCGUGUCUUUUCAGAGAGAAUCUUUCCCGCUGCCAUUUAGUAAGGUUAAGAGGGGUACACCGGAGAGGAGACUAACAGUACAGUCCCCUGCUGCUAAGGAUCGAAUUAAUAACCCAAAGCCUAGUGAUCAAAUGAGGUGGCCUGGAAGGUUAAAACCAAAUUCACGUUUCUUAACUCAGAGCUUGGAUUGUGGUAAUGAUGGAUUUGGAUUUGGAUCCAGAAGGGUAGUUCCAGUUUGUUUUGAGAAUAACCAAGCCAGAAUUCAGGGCAAACCAAAAUCUGAAAGUUUGAAUGUUAAGCCACAGAGGAAGGUUGGUUCUGGUUUGGUCUGUGAAGCCUCUGAUGGUGAAAGUAUCUCAUCAGGGAGUGCUUCAAGUGGGCACGAAGGUGGUUCUGUAGCUCAUCUAAGCCUAAGACUGGGCAAGGUUCUAACACCCCCAGAGCAAAACACACCAGAAUCGAAAAGCAAUGUUUAUAAAUCAAUGUCUCCUUUGAAGCAGAUUCAUAAUAAGAAAUAUGCAAAUGAAAAGCAAGUCUUCUCACCUACCAGUCGAGGAUUUUCGUCUCCUCUUCGUCUUCGACCUGCUUCUCCCAGUAAGGCGUUACCUAUGACACCUAAUUAUCCUCUGAGGGGGAUGCCAAGUCCAACCAGAACAAGAACUGGUGAUGUGUCUAAAGUGACCAAUACUUUAAAUGGCACACCUACUUCAACUUUGAGCUUUGCUGCUGAUAUCAUCGGGAAAGGGAAGGCGGGUGAGAAUCGGGUUGCUGAUGCACUUGAGUUGAGGCUAUUGUAUAAUCGGCACCUGCAAUGGUGCUUCGUCAAUGCUAGAGCAGAGGUAGCUUGUUAUGUACAUGCACAAAAUGCUGAGAGUGCCCUAUACAAUGCAUUUUUGGCUACUUCAAAGUUACGCCAUUCUGUUAGAUCCAAAAAAACGGAACUGCUUCUAUUGAAGCUCAAUUUGAAGUUUUAUUCCAUCUUCAAGCAACAAGUUCCUGGUUUGGAAAGUUGGGAUCACAUUGAUGAAGAGCAUUCCAGUUCAUUGUCAGCUGCUAUAUGUGCUUUGGAGGCUAGCACUCUUCGCCUACCUGUUGUUGAUGGUGCUAGGGCAGAUAUUCAAAAGAUAAAAGAAGCCAUCUGCUCAACUGUUGAUGUGAUGCAAGCAAUGGCGUCUUCAAUAUGCUCUCUGCUUCCUAAGGUUGAACACACAAAUGCAUUGGUAAAUGAGCUAUCUAAUACAGCUUCCCUAGAGUGUGCUUCACUUGAUAAAAGUAAAGAGCUCUUGUCCAUGGUGGCAGCAAUUCAGGUGAAGCAUUGUAGUCUAAGGACACAUCUGUUGCAGCCGAAGCGCAACCUAUCUGGCUCAACAACAAAAGUGCAAACCGUCACAUCUCUCUGACUGCUUCUUACGAUGAUUGAUCCUCUAACUUCAACCAACCAACACAACUCCGUUCCUUAACCAAAGCGACGCUCAAGCAACAGUGAUCAAUUAGUAUUACAAAGCUGCUUGUUAGUUAAAGAGUUAACAGUGUCAGGCGACUCUAGGAAUGUACUGCACUGUGUUUUUUUGUUUUUUCAUUUGAUGAAAUUAGUUUUUUAAGUGGUUUUGAUUUAUAGGUUUUCCGGUUAUAUUUGUAAAUGUAUAAAUACUUUCACAUCUCCAAAUAUCUUGGCAUCAAAUUUCCCCUUAUUCUUUGUGUGGGGUUGCUGCAUUUAGCGGUAGUAAUUCUCUGGGUGCUGUCCUCCCAAGAAACGUGUGUUGUGUGUGUGGGUGUAUGUUUGUCAGUGUGGGCGUGUAAAGUGUGAAUGUGCAUGAUAAGAAGAUUUAUCACUUUGACAUGAUCUGGGAAACUAUGUAAAGGUUGGAUGAUUUCCAACCAGUAUUGUGGGCUUUUCACGAUAUCUUAGGUAAAGUGUUGUCUUGAUUCGGCUACUCUAUUCGGGCCCAUCCACUUCGCUGACAUAAUGAUGAUUAUAAAUUAUAUUAUUAGUAUGUUGUUGAAGCCCAUGUAUUAUCCUGUUGAUUUUUAACUAAUACUCCCUCCGAUUAAAAAACAAGUUCCACAUUUCCUUUUCGGGCAGUUCCAAAAUUAAGUUCCACUUUCAAACCUUUUUUUAUUUGACAAAUUAUCUACAUCAAAACAGUUCCAAACAGUGUCAAACAGUGUCCAAACAGUGCCAAAUAGUGCACUCCACAUUAAAGUCAAAUUUCUUUUCUUAAUAUGUGUGAAGUCAAAUGUGGAACUUGUUUUUGAAUCCGAAGGAGUAUUUGAUAACCAUCUUUCACUUUGCUCCCUUUCAGUACAUAACUAUCGUUCUUUGUCACUUGUUGUUCUUUAGACGAUAUUUUUGGUAUUUAAAAUCAUACUACGUAGGAAUUAAUUUCACAUUUGGUCAUAUAAAUUUUAUGUUACACAUUUAGUGCACUUUUACUUGGUACACUUUUGGCAUUUCUCGUCUAGUUUUCUAAUGCCUCUCCGAUGAUUUUAACCACCGAAAAUAUCAACGAAAUGACCAUAUAUGGACCAAAAACAAUAGUCAUGUAUUAAAAGUGAUCAAAGAUAAAGACUUAGACUAAGAAUGUUUUUACUUGGAUUGUUUUUAGUUCCAGACCAAACUUGGAUAGUUAUAAAUACACAGAGAGUUAGAGACUAGUCGUUACCAGAUCAGAACAGAUCAAACCAGAAAAAUUCAGUCUAAAUAAAAAUGUCCUAAUUGUGGAAUUGGUGCAGUACUCAUAAGACUAAAAAUGGAAUUUAUUCAUGUAAGAAAUUAGGUCGUAAAGUUAAGAGUGGAAAUGAAACAAUAGACAAUAGUAAUGGAUUAAGAGGGGGCCAAUUUUAAAAAGUGGACCAAGUUUGAGAUUGAAAUUUGUAAGUGGACUUAAUUGACUUAAUUCUUUUAAUAGGAACAAAUGCUAUUAUAGGAUUACUAGUAUUAGCUAAAUAUAUCCCCACCUAUCAUGAAAUUCACAAAUCUAUCUCAUACUUUCACUUUUAUUAAAAAAGAUUCAAGCUUCAACUUUUCUCACAAUUACACUUUAUUUCAAUGGAUGAAUUAGUACAAAUUAGAAGAAAAUUAUAUUUAUAUUUCAUAUUUUUUCACUUUUUCUAGUUUUAAACUUACAAAAUUGUAUUGCUUAUAUAUUAUUGGUAUUGAUAAAAAUGUGUAAUUUAAAAAAAAAAGCACUAUUGUUGGAAAACAUGAAGUUUAAGUCUUUUUUUUGAUAAAAAUGAAAGUGUAGAAUAGAUUUGUGAAUUUGAUGAUAGUUUGAGAUAAAAUAAGCUAAUAAGAAUUCUACUACAAUUUGCAUAAAGACGGAAGAAUCACUCAGUGGAGGGUGGCGAAACGCCACAUCCAACCGACUUUAGUUUGUUUCGUAUGUAAAAGCAUAGUACAAGACUACUAGUAGAUAGGAUGGAAUAAUUAUAUGUGUAUAGACAUAGGCAUGCAUAUACAUACAAGCAUAUUUGCAUACAUACAUAUGUAUGUGUGUCUAUAUAUAGCAUCUAGUUCUAGUUCUGAAAGAAGGGUAUUAAGAACUUUGGGUCAUAAGGUUUUGGGUUCACCGUUCACGUCCCCUUCAUAUAACACGAAAAGCACUUGAGGAAUUAUUAGAAAAUAUUAACACAUAAUAUAACCGUACUUGUUAGUGCUAGUUGAUGUUUGAUAUUAUUAGAAUUUAGAAAACUUAGAUCUAAAGUGCACUUCAUGUUAUUUAGUUAUUUACCUCGGGAGGAAUUACGGUUAUUUGCUUGCACAAUCAUUUAAACAUCUGACAUCUUGAUCAUGAAUAUAUGUAUUAUGAAUACAUAUACUCCCUCCGGUUCUUAAUUAAGUUCCUAGUUUGACUUCACUGUGGAGUGCAAUGUUUGACACUGUUUGACAUUGUUUGACACUUUUUAGCACUGUUUUAGUAUAAAUCAUUUACCAAAUAAGAAAAUGUUUGAAGUAGGAACUUUAAUAUAAACCAUCUCAAAAAAGAAAGAAAAAAGGACGGAGGGAGUAUGUAAAAAAAAAGGACGGAGGGAGUAUAUAUGUAACAUGUGGGGAUGUAUGCAUAGGUGUGGAUGUGCAUAUAGUACCUUUUCAUAAUGUGGUGAUGUAAAUCGCAGAAGGGGUGGUGGAGAAGAAAUGUUGGCCCAUGAUGAUGUGUACCGCACCCAAUGAAUCGGACAUGUUCCUUUAUGUCAUAUACUAAGGCUACCCGCAACCCUUCGCCGUCAAUAAAUCUACUUUCCCACCAGUUUAUACGUAUUUACUCGGUCAAUUCAAUUUUUCCUGCAACCCAGCACCGUCAAUAUAUUC